AUGUCAAAUAAUGAUCAACUUCAACUUUGUCUUUAUCAUUCACAUUUAAAACAACCUCAUCCAUAUACACGUCAGAUUAUUCAUAUUAAUGAAAAGACAACAUGUCAAGAAGUUUUAAGAUGUCAUAUACUUAAUCCAAAUACUGCUCGAUUAAUAGAAACAGGUUUUGGAUUUGACAAUCAUCAUUCACAAUAUCUUCAACGACGACGAACAACAAUGCGUUCACCUUCGGUCAAUAAUAAUCAUCAAUCAUCACAUGAAUUCAACUCAAAUAAACACCAAACAAAUAUCAAUCAAUUAAAUAUAAAUAAUCAAAUAAUGAAUUAUUCAUUAUCAGAAUUACAAGAAAUAGCAGCUUAUCAACAAGAACAAAUUGAACUGAAUAAACAAUUAUUAUGUUCACGUGAACAACGUCUUCAAUAUCUUAAGGAACAACAAACAACACAAGAAAAUUUACGUCUUAAACGUUUAAAACAACAUAUUGAACAACAAGAAAUCAAACAUUUACGUUUAAAAACACUACAAAAUCAAAUAAAUCAACAAAAAUAUUCAAAUUCAACAAUUGAAAAUGAUUUAGAAAUAUUAAAAAAAAUAUUUUUAAAUAAAGAACAAGAAUUAACAAUAACAUUAAAUAAAGUUGAUGAAUUAACAAAACAACUUGAUCAAUUAAGAAAAUUAAAAAUAACAACAAAUAAAGAACAAUCACAAAAUAACAAUGAAUUAGAUAAAUUAAAACAAGAACUGAUGAUACGAAAUAAAUUAAAUGAACAACAAAAUCGUAAAAUCACUUAUCAACGUGAAAUAAUUACAUCAAAACAAGCAGAAUUAAGUCAAUUAGAUCGUCGAAUAGAAGAACUUCAACAACGUUUGAAAAUGAAAACAAAAUCAACAGUUGUUGAACCAGUUAUAUUAUCAACUGGUUUUAAAACUGCUUUAGAUACUGUACAAGAUACAUUAAAUAAUAUUAACAUAGUUGAAAUUGAAAAACGUAUGGUACAAUUAGCAAAUUCAUUUAAUGCAAUUAAUACGAGCGGAUCUUCAAUUGUAAGUCAAUAUGAUCAAAUUAAUAAUUCAAAUAGUUCAAAAAAGACAAAGGAUGGUUCAUCAUCAGUUUCUCUAGCUAAAAUAACAUUUGCAUCUAAAAGUGAAAUAGCUGCAGCAUAUAUGGCUGGUUCAUCAAUAACAUUAACAUCUUCUCCAUCACAUGCUACAAAUUUACCUAUUGUUAUAAAUAAAUCAACAACAGAUAUGAUUGAUUCUCAACCAUCAAAAAUUGAAGAACAAUUAUUACCACCUAAUCUUCGUUUAAAUGAUGAUAUACUCUCAAUUCAUUUUAAUAAUAUAACAUCAAAUAUAAAAAAACGUCAUUCAUUAUCUGAUGCAAAUGAUUCAUUCAUAAAACAUUUAUCAUCAAAUCUUGAACAACAACAACAACAGCAACAACCAAUUCAUGUUCGUGAUGAUUCAUUAAUAAAUUCAUCUUUAUCAGAUACAAAGUCUACUAUUAGUGCAUAUGAAAAUCUUUUUGAUCUACAUACGAAUAUCAAUAAUGAUAAUUCUGAUGGAGAACAAGAAACAAUAAUUGAAUCAGUUAUUUCUGAUACAGAAUCUGAAGGUUCACUUUCAGAAGAUAUUGAAUCAAUAAUAUCAUUUCCAAUAAACAUAACAACAUCUAGUACUAAUUAUAAAUCAUUAUUAAAAACUCCAACAACACCUAAAAAUACUACAAGACGAGUUAUAUUUGAUCCAUUAGCACUUCUUCUUGAUGCUGCUGUUAUUGGAGAACUUGAACUUCUAAUAAAAUCUGCAAAAGAAGUAAAAAAUCCAAGUCAACCAAAUGAUGAAGGUUUAACUGCAUUACAUAAUGCAGUAUGCGCAUCAAAUUUUGAAUGUGUAAAAUUUUUAGUUGAAUUUGGUUGUGAUAUUAAUUAUGCAGAUAAUGAUGGAUGGACACCAUUACAUUGUGCAGCAUCAUGUAAUAAUACAUCAAUGGUUGCUUUUUUAAUUGAACAUGGUGCUUGUAUUUAUGCAGCAACUAUUCGAGAUAAUGAAACAGCUGCAGAAAAAUGUGAAGAAGAAGAAGAAAAUUAUACUAGUUGUUCACAAUAUCUCUUAAAUGUACAAAAUGAUUUGGGUGUAAUUAAUAAUGGAUUAGUUUAUGCUUUAUAUGAUUAUGAGCCUGAUUCUUCGAUGGAUAAUGAACUUGAAUUUAAAGAUGGUGAUUCAUUGACAAUAUUAAGACGUGGAGAUGAAUAUGAAAAAGAAUGGUGGUGGACAAGACAUGAAACUACUGGAAAAGAAGGAUAUAUCCCACGAAAUUAUCUUGGACUUUAUCCAAGAGUACGACCUGGUACAAUGGCGUCGACAAAUUGUUAG